AUGCGCCCGCUGGGGACCGUGAGGGGCGUGGGUCUCGCCGGCGGCCCUGCGCGCGCCGACCACCCGUUCCUGGACGUGUUACUCAUGUACCAUGGCUGGAUGUCGACUGUCGUGGAUCUGCUCUCCGCACAAAUGGGUGUAGCAGCUACAAGCGUUGGUGUGAAGGCGGCGGAUGUUGUCGCGAAAGCGAUGUGCUUCUUCCUCGCCGUCGCACGGACCAACACAGCGGCGCCCAGCCUGCUCUCCCUCUCGGAUCGCUCCUGGACGCGGUAG